UUUUGAGACGGAGUUUCGCUUUUGUUACCCAGGCUGGAGUGCAAUGGUGUGAUCUCGGCUCACUGCAACCUCUGCCUCCUGGGUUCAAGCAAUUCUCUUGCCUCAGCCUCCCGAGUAGCUGGGACUACAGGGACGCGCCACCAUGCCCAGCUAAUUUUUGUAUUUUUUGUUUGCUUGUUUGUUUUUUUGAGACGGAGUUUCACUCUUGUUACCCAGGCUGGAGUGCAAUGGCGUGAUCUCGGCUCACCAUUACCUCCGCCUCCUGGGUUCAGACAAUUCUCCUGCCUGAGCCUCCUGAGUAGCUGGGAUUACAGGCACGCGCCGCCGUGCCCAGCUAAUUUUUUGUAUUUUUAGUAGAGACGGGGUUUCACCAUGUUGACCAGGAUGGUCUCGAUCUCUUGACCUCGUGAUCCACCCGCCUUGGCCUCCCAAAGUGUUGGGAUUAUAAGUGUGAGCCACCGCGCCCGGCCAGAAGAGCUCUUUUUUUUAAAGGAUCCAAUGCCAAUGCAGUGGCUCAUGCCUAUAAUCCCAGCAGUUUGGGAGGCUGAGGCAGAGGAUGGCUUGAACCCAGGAGUUUGAGGCAGCAGUGAGCCAUGAUGACACCACUGCAUUCAAGCCUGGGCAACACAGUAAGACCCUAUCUCCCUGUCUUUAAAAAAAAAGAGACCUACCUGUAUGCUAGGAGCAUCCUUCUCACUUUAGGUCAGACAUGGUGGUUCUGUUUUAAAUUUGUUGAAUUGUCACUUACUUUUUCUUUCUCUUUUUUUUUUUUUUGAGGCAGGUUCUCACUCUGUGGCCUAGGCUGGAGUGCAGUGGCAUGAUUCCAGCUCACUGCAACCUCUGCCUCCUAGGUUCAAGUGGUUCUCCUCCCUCAGCCUCCUGAGUAGCUGGGAUUACUGGCAUGCGCCACCACCCCUGGCUAAUUUUGUAUUUUUAGUAGAGACAGGGUUUCACCAUGUUGCCCAGGUUGGUCUUGAACCCCUGACCUCAAGUGAUCUGCCUGCCUCAGCCUCCCAAAGUACUGGGAUUAUAGGCUUAAGCCACUGCACCAAGCCAACUUUUUCUUUUUUCCUUUUUGAGACAGCGUUUUGCUCAGGCCCCCAGGCUGGAGUGCAAUGGCACCAGCAUGGCUCACUGCAGCCUCAACCUCCUGGGCUCAAGUAGUCCUCCUGCCUCACCCUCCUGAGUAGCUGAGACUACAGGUACAUGCCACCACACAUGGCUAUUGUGAAUUUUAAGAAAUUUUUUUUGUAGAGAGAGGGUCUUACUGUGUUGCCCGGGCUGUUCUUGAACUCCUGGGCUCAAGCAGUCCUCCCAUCUCAGCCUCCCUAAGUGCUGAGAUUUUAGGUGUGGGCCACCACACUUAGCCCAUUGUGACUUUUUAUAAAUUGUUAGCUGCUUUAUUUUAAGUAAUAUACGUUCAUGCUGCAAAUUUUUAAAGUCUCUAAUACUUUCUUUUAGGACACUAAAAAUCUUAUUCUUAGAUCCGGUUGGGAGUCAUUUGGGUGGAACAAGUGGUAGGGACCUACCUUAAUUUUUUUCCAGGUUUUUGUGAUUGAAUAAGUUCUAGACACUCAAUGCCACCUAGAUCAUUGAUGAAAUUUUUGACUGCAUUUGGGCCUGUUUCUGGGAUCUCCUUUUACUAAUUUCUCUGUGUAUUCAUGAACAACCUUAAAUUAUUGUAGACUAUUUAAUUAUUAAAUUAUUAUGUUCUGUUAUGUGGGAAGUUUUGUCCUUCACUGUUCUUUUUCAAAAAUUUUCUGAUUGUUAUUUUAUAAAUAUUUUUUCACAGAAUCAACUGGUUUUGAACCUAAAUUUACUUACGGGUUAAUUUGGAGAGAAUUGGCUUUUAAAAUUAUAUUAAAGGCCAAGCAUUGUAGUUUACGCUUAUAAUCCUGGCAUUUUGGGGGACUGAGGCAGAUGGAUCACAUGAGCCCAGGAUUUGAGAUGGGCCUGGACAACAUAGUGAGAUCUCGUCUCUUAAAAAAAAAAUUAAGCCUUUCUAUCUAAGACAGAAUACACCUUUUCAUUAUUGUGUGUGUGUGUGUGUGUGUGUGUAUAUAUUUUGGAGACAGAGUCUCACUCUCACUCUGUUGCUCAGGCUGAAGUGCAGUGGCACGAUCUCAGCUCACUGGAACCUCCACCGCCCAGGUUCAAGUGGUUCUCCUGCCUCAGCCUCCUGAGUAGCUGGGAUUACAGACGCUUGCCACCACGCCCCAUGCCCGGCUAAUUUUUGUAUUUUUAGUAGAGAUAGGGUUUCACUAUGUUGGCCAGGCUCAUCUCGAACUCCUGACUUCAGGUGAUCUGCCUGCUUCAGCCUCCCAGGGGCGAGGAUUACAGGCAUGAGCCAUCAUGCCUGGCCUAUCUUUUUUUUCUUUUUAAACUCUUUCCUCUGAAAAUCCAGAAACAGAUUUCUUUUAAAUUAAACAACAUUUUAUUUUAAUUUUUAUUUUUUUGAGACGGAGUCUUCUUACUCUGUCACCCAGGCUACAGUAUGCUGCAGCCUCAAACUCCUGGGUUCAAGCGAUUCUCCUCAGCCUCCUAAAUAACUGGGACUUAAGGCACAUGCUGCCAGACCCAGUUAAUUUUUAAAUUUUCUGUAGAGUCAGGGUUUCACUGUGUUGCCUGGGCUGGUCUUGAACUCCUGGCUUUGGAACUCCUGACCUCAAGUGAUAACUCUCAUCUUGGCCUCCCAAAGUCCUGGGUUUAUAGGCAUGAGCCACUGUGCCUAGCCCUUUUCAGUUCUUCAAGUCUUAUUUGGAUUCAGUAUCAAAAUUCUUCUCAUAUAGGUGUUGUACGUUUAUAACAUGUAUUGUUUUUCUUGUUGCUACUGUAAAUGGGAGCUCUCCUUCCACGUUUCUAACCUAUUUGUGUGAUAGGAAGGCAAUUAUUUAUUUUAACUUUAUAUGCCCUGGCUUACUGCAUUCUUUCAUUGUUUAGAUAGUUUUCAGGUUGAUCUCUUGUUUUUUUUCCAGGUCUGCCUGCACCAUUGUUUCUUUGCAUUAUGGAGAAAAUGCAAGUUGAUUCUUUGUUGCGAGUGCACUGUGAUGUCAGGUGGAGGUAGUAGAGAGUGUGUCUUUAGGGAAGCUGCCGAUGGUGGUGUCACCUGUACAUGGUCAAAGAUUACCUUUUCUAGGUCUCCAAAACCCUUCCAGCUCAGUGCCUGCUUAGCAUAUCCAAGGGUAGGGGUUUCGGGCCAGCCUGUCAGUGCCAUUUUGCUCACGAUCCCCUCUAGUCUUGCUUUACCCACAGACCUCCCUAUCUGAGAAAGGAGCAACUGAUUAAACCUGGAAAAUUUGAGCUUAUUUUGGCUUGCGUCUGUAGACAUAUUGUCCAGUCUGUUGCAGUCCUUCACAGAUGCUUUUUGAGAGUCCAGCCACAUGCCAUUGCUGCUGGUGCUACUGCCCAGGUCUGAGUGUUCGUUGUUUUCCUGAAUAUAAGGCUGGAUGAUUGAGCAUAGGUUAACUCUUGUCUAUUCUCAGCCUGGCAGCCUAGACAGGUCUGUCACACUGCACCCAUGAAAGGUAGCACCUUACAUGCUACCGCAUCCUCUAGAAUAACCUUUUCUUUAAAAAUCUUUUUUAUUUUUAUUUUUUUUUCCUCCUCUUCUUCCGCCCCAAAGCCAUAGUCUUUUGUGACCCAUAAAGUUGGGUCUUCUCUAGCUUCUCCUGCUGCCGCUUCCUACUCAUUGUUCACUCUCUUGCUGAAGCCACUCAGGCCUCCCGGUUGGUCCCUGGGUAUGUUAGGGCCUUUGCCCUGGCUAUUCCUGCAGUACUCGUCCCCUGCUAGUCAUACAGCUCCUGCCUUCACCUCCUCCCAAACCAGUACUAACGCAGCCCUUUCUCCAGCCAAGCUGCUCUGCCCUUCCCACCCCCAUUCUCAGCACACCUGACCUUGGCCUAUGCCUUGUUUUCUCUGUAGCACUUAACAUCUUCUAGCCUAGCCUUUUUAAAAAAGAUUAUCUAUUUGUUUCUUUCGAGACAGUCUCACUCUGUUGCCUAGGUUGGAGUGCAGUAACAGGAUCAUGGCUCACUGCAGCCUUAACCUUCUGGGCUCAAGUGAUUCUCCUGUCUUAGCCUUGCCAGUAGCUGAGACUACAAGUCCUAUAUUUCUUAAAAAUAGGGGAUAUUGUCAAUUACCAAUAUCCCCUUGCCUUGUUGAAUUGUAAUCCAAGAGUAGAACCUUUGUGUCCUUCAUUAAUGUAUCCUAAAUUCCUAGAAAGGUUCCUAGCAAUGAAUAUGUGGAUAAAUCCACAAUAAGUAAUAAAUAAUAAUAUAUCCACAGUAAAUAUGUUAAUAAAUCCAAGAGAACUUUGCUUAAGAUGUAUGUAAAUCUCUUUGGAUCCUUGUAGCACAUCUGAGGUAUGCACGUCAGGGAUGGUCAGCCUCAUUUUAUAGAUUAGCAUGUGUGUGUUUGUAGUGUUGUUUGUUUGUUUAGUGUUUGUGCAGUGAUUGUUCCCCUAUCUCUCCAACCUAAUGGUAGUAUAAGCUCCUGGAGGAUUAGGGCUGUGUUUUGAAGCCCUACUUUCCAUCGUCUGGGGAAACUUACACAGUACUAACCUUUCUGUCUUCUAGCUUUUUGACACUGUAAUAUAUAAUAAAUUGUAGUUAACCAUAUUCACCCUGUAGUAUUGCAGAGCACCAGAGCUCAUUCCUCCUACCUAGCUGUAAUUUUGUAUCUUAACCAACCUCUCCCUGUCCUCUCUUCUCCCAUGCAUUCCAGUCUCUCAUAACCACAAUUGUACUCUAUACUUCCAUUCACUCAGUGUUUUUCUUAGCUCCCACAUAUGAAUGAGAACAUGUAAUAUUUGUCUUUUUGUUCCUGACUUACUUCAUUUAAGAUAAGGUUCUCCAGGUUCAUCCGUGUUGCCACACAGGAUAGAAGUGGAAUUACUGGGCAAAGGGCAUUCAGAUUUGGGAGAAGUAGCCCCAGAAAUAAAAGCAUCAGAGAGACGGACAGCUGUGGCCAUUGCAGAUUUGGAAUGGAGAGAAAUGGAAGGAGAUGAUUGCGAGUUCCGUUAUGGAGAUGGUGCAAAUGAGGCUCAGGACAAUGAUUUUCCAACAGUGGAGAGAAGCAGGUUUCAAGAAAUGCUGUCACUUUUGGGCCUAGAGACGUACCAGGCCCAGAAACUCAGUCUCCAGGACUCUCUGCAGAUCAGUUUUGACAGCAUGAAGAACUGGGCCCCUCAGGUUCCCAAAGACUUGCCCUGGAAUUUCCUCAGGAAGCUGCAGGCCCUCAACGCUGAAGCCAGGAAUACCACCAUGGUGCUGGACGUGCUCCCAGAUGCCAGGCCUGUGGAGAAGGAGAGCCAGAUGGAAGAGGAGAUCAUCUACUGGGACCCAGCUGAUGACCUUGCUGCCGACAUUUAUUCCUUUUCUGAGCUGCCCACCCCGGACACGCCAGUGAACCCCUUAGACCUUCUCUGUGCCCUGCUGCUCUCCUCAGACAGUUUCCUGCAACAAGAAAUAGUGUUGAAAAUGGCCCUCUGCCAGUUUGCACUCCCGCUCGUGUUGCCUGACUCAGAGAACCACUACCAUACAUUUCUGCUGUGGGCCAUGCGGGGCAUUGUGAGGACAUGGUGGUCCCAGCCCCCAAGGGGCGUGGGGAGCUUCCGGGAAGACAGCGUGGUCUUGUCCAGGGCGCCCGCCUUUGCCUUCGUGCGCAUGGACGUCAGUAGCAACUCAAAGUCUCAGCUUCUCAACGCCGUCCUCAGCCCAGGCCACAGGCAGUGGGACUGCUUCUGGCAUCGGGACCUCAACUUGGGCACCAAUGCCCGGGAGAUUUCGGAUGGGUUGGUAGAAAUUUCCUGGUUUUUUCCCAGUGGAAGGGAGGACCUGGACAUUUUCCCAGAACCUGUGGCCUUUCUGAACCUGAGAGGUGACAUCGGGUCUCACUGGCUGCAGUUUAAGCUCUUGACAGAAAUCUCCUCCGCCGUGUUUAUAUUGACUGACAAUAUCAGUAAGAAGGAAUACAAACUGCUGUACUCCAUGAAGGAGUCAACCACAAAAUACUACUUCAUCCUGAGUCCCUACCGUGGGAAACGUAACACAAACCUGAGAUUUCUGAAUAAGUUAAUUCCUGUGCUCAAAAUAGACCACUCGCACGUCCUGGUGAAGGUCAGCAGCACCGACAGCGAUAGCUUCGUGAAGAGGAUCAGGGCCAUCGUCGGGAAUGUGCUGCGGGCACCCUGCAGGCGGGUGUCUGUGGAGGACAUGGCACACGCAGCCCGCAAGCUGGGCCUAAAGGUCGACGAGGACUGUGAGGAGUGUCAGAAGGCGAAAGACCGGAUGGAGAGGAUUACCAGGAAAAUCAAGGACUCGGAUGCCUACCGAAGGGAUGAGCUGAGGCUGCAGGGGGACCCCUGGAGAAAGGCAGCCCAAGUGGAGAAGGAGUUUUGCCAGCUCCAGUGGGCCGCGGACCCCCCCGAGAAGCACAGGGCUGAGCUGAGGCGGCGGCUGCUAGAACUUCGAAUGCAGCAGAACGGCCACGAUCCCUCCUCGGGGGUGCAGGAGUUCAUCUCAGGGAUCAGCAGCCCCUCCCUGAGUGAGAAGCAGUACUUCCUGAGGUGGAUGGAGUGGGGCUUGGCGCGGGUGGCCCAGCCGAGACUGAGACAGCCUCCGGAGAUGCUUCUCACCCUGAGAACAAAGCACGGGGGCCCCACAGACUUGGGGGAGCCACUCUGGCCUGAGCCCCUGGGGGUGGAACACUUCCUGCGGGAGAUGGGACAGUUUUACGAGGCCGAGAGCUGCCUUGUGGAGGCGGGAAGGCUGCCGGCAGGCCAGAGGCGUUUUGCCCACUUCCCCGGCUUGGCCUCGGAGCUGCUGCUGACAGGGCUGCCUCUGGAGCUGAUCGAUGGGAGCACCCUGAGCAUGCCUGUCCGCUGGGUCACGGGGCUCCUGAAGGAGCUGCACCUCCGACUGGAGAGACGCUCAAGGCUGGUGGUCCUGUCAGCCCUCGGGGUGCCAUGCACGGGCAAGUCCACGCUCCUUAACACCAUGUUUGGUCUGCGGUUUGCCACAGGGAAGAGCUGCGGUUCUCGAGGAGCCUUCAUGCAGCUCAUCACAGUGGCCGAGGGCUUCAGCCAGGACCUGGGCUGUGACCACAUCCUGGUGAUAGACUCUGGGGGGUUGAUAGUUGGGGCCUUGACCUCAGCUGGGGACAGGUUUGAGCUGGAGGCUUCCUUGGCCACUCUGCUCAUGGGGCUGAGCAAUGUCACCGUGAUCAGCUUAGCUGAAACCAAGGACAUUCCAGCAGCUAUUUUGCAUGCAUUUCUGAGGCUGGAAAAAACGGGGCACAUGCCCAACUACCAGUUUGUAUACCAGAACCUUCAUGAGGUAUCUGUUCCUGGCCCCAGGCCAAGAGACAAGAGACAGCUCCUGGAUCCACCUGGUGACCUGAGCAGAGCUGCAGCCCAGAUGGAGAAACAGGGUGACAGCUUCCGGGCACUGGCAGGCCUGGCCUUCUGCGAUCCUGAGAAGCAGCACAUCUGGCACAUCCCUGGCCUGUGGCACGGAGCACCUCCCAUGGCCGCAGUGAGCUUGGCCUACAGUGAAGCCAUAUUUGAAUUGAAGAGAUGCCUACUUGAAAACAUCAGGAACGGCCUGUCCAACCAAAACAAAAACAUCCAGCAGCUCAUUGAGCUGGUGAGACGGCUGUGAGUGUGCAGAGAAACCCGGGUCAGGUGUAGGCGGCUGCUGUGGGCAGCCCUGUCUGAUGGGGCACCCAUGUGGGGCUGUGCCCUGGUGCCUGAGAAUGGCUGGUGCCCAAUCGACAUGAGAAGAAGCAGCAAAAGAGAGUUGGAGUCUCCUCAACAGUGUUAAAAGAGGAAGUGACCUCACAGACCAGCUCAGAGAUGUUACCAGGAAUAUAACAGCCCCCAGGGUAGGGAGACAAGCAGAAGUUUGUUCUGUCUCAGCUCCUGUCAAGGAUCCUAUGGGGUGGGCCCUCUGUACAGCUGCUCUCUGUCACUGGCCCCUGGAGUGGGAGCAGCAUCCUGAGUCACUACAAGCCUAGGCAGGCAGGUUGGGACACUACUGUCCCAGGACAGAGGUGGGGAAGUUGUCCUGAGAAAGCAGAGGUAGGCCUUGCUCCAGCCCAACCCAAGGGGCUCCGGUGGACCAGCAUUCAAGAUGUAAGUGCCAGUGGUGUGCAAGGCACUCCCAUGGCACCGUAUUUAUUGACUGAUCUGUGAAGCCUUCCCUGACCCAUGCCCAGGAAGAGUUCAUUGGUCGCUCUGUUGUGCCCCACAGCACUUUGUUAUACCUCUGCCACACACUUCACGCAGUGCGUUGUAACUCAUGUGUUUACAUGUGUGUCCCCCAGACUGUGAGCUCCUUGAGGGCAGGGAUUGUACAUUCUCCAGCUCUGUGUCCCCAGGGCCUGGCACAUUGUAGACGCUUAAUAAAUGUCUAUUGAAUGAA